AUCGGCUGUUGGGUGGGUGGUCCGGCGAGGCUUAUUUGGACGCCUAUACUACUCUAUCUCCGUCUGUACGCGUCCUCAGCCGGUUCGCCGGAGUCUCAUCGGCGACCCUGUGGUACGAACAUCGAAAAACCCUUGAGGGGCGCUGACAUCGCGAUGCCGCCCUGAGAGCGCCGGACGUGGGCGGCGACGCCAUGGGGCUGGCGCUGCAGCUGCGGCUGCUGCUGUGGAAGAACUUCACGUUGCGCCGGCGCCAGAAGGUGCGGCUGCUGGUCGAGCUGCUCUGGCCUAUGUUCCUCUUCCUCAUCCUCAUGUGGGUGCGCAGCCGCGGACUGAAGUUUCGCAUGCACGAGUGCCACUUCCAGCCGAAGCCGAUGCCGUCGGCCGGGCCGCUGCAGUUCCUGCGCGGCUACGUCUGCUCCUUCAACAACACUUGCCACGAGCGCGUCCCGGCUGAGUCGUCGACCAUCUACAACGAGACGCUGCUGGCACGCUUGCUGGACGACGUGGUGGCCGUGCUGGAGCGGCGCGUCAACGCCGCCGGCCUGCGCGGCUCCGUCAGCCUGGCCGACCUGAUCGGCAACAAGACGGCGUUCCACGCGCUGCUGAAGCGGCACAGCGUGGGCCGCGGCCGCUGGGCGCGCGCGCGCCUGCUGAGCGCCUCCGUCGACCUGGCGCGCCUGCCGGAGAUCGUGCAGCGCGUCGGCCUGUUCGCCACCCUCUCCGGCCUGGACCAGGUGUUGUGUGACCCGGACAUGUUCUCCGACCUAGUGAACUCAGACGCGCCGGCCACCACUGCGGCGCUCGUGCGCGAGGUGUGCGCGUUGCCGCCGACUGAGCAGCAGCAGCUGCUGGGUGGGUUGCUGGCGCUGGUAGAGCGGCGCCGCCUGCUGGGCGUGCUGGGCCGCGUGGCGCAGCAGUCUGCCGGCCACGCCCUGCGGCCCGACGACUGGCUGGCCGUGCUGCGUCUCUGGCGCCAGGCGGUGGACGAUGUGCGCGAGCUCGAGUCGUUCCGCAGACUUCUGGAGCACGCCGGAGAGCUGGCUGAUUCGCUCAGCGUCGGCGACGGCAACGUGACGCUGAACGUGUCGGCGCCCGUGUACCGCGCGAUCCGUCUGCAGGGCGCCGUGUGCGGCAUCGACUACACACGUCUGGCGCUGCCCAGCGGCCGGCAGCAGCGACUCGCGCCCAUCAACGCUAUCAGGGACAAGCUGCGCGAGGUGCCGGAGCAGGACUUCGCCAACGACACGUCCGUCUCAGACGAGUGCAACGACCUCUUCCACAGCCUGGACACCAACCUGAUGACCAAGUUCUUCUGGCGCACGGUCAAGCCGUUCGUGCGUGGCAAGAUCCUGUUCGCGCCGGCCACGCCCGCCACCAAGCGGCUCAUGGCUCGCGUCAACACCACCUUCAAUCCGCUGCGGCGUGUGCUCGAGUUCCUGCAGACGUGGCCGGAGCGCUCGGCCGAGUACCGGCGCCACGUGCUGGCCGUGGCGCAGCGGCUGCGGCUGGCCGACCUGACCGGCCGGCUGGCGCAGCUGAUCGGGCCGGGCGCCGAGCAGCGCUGGACCGAGCUCUUCGACGCGGCGAACGAGGCGGCGCGCAACGCCAGCGUCUACCUGGCCUGCUUCGAGUUCGAGAAGUUUGAGGGCCUGCCGGACGAGGAGACGCUGGUGCGGCGCAGCAGCAACUUGACGGCCGAGAACAUGCUCUGGGCUGGGCUGGUUAUUCUGGACGUGGACGCCGACGCCGAGGAGCUACCCAGUUACGUGCGCUACAAGAUCCGCAUCGACGGCGACCGCGUGGACUCGACCAAGCGCGUGAUGGAUCAGCUGACCCGUCUGGGACCGCGGCUGUGGCCCUAUCAGGACCUCAAGUACAUUACGUACGGCUUUGCGUACAUUCAGGACCUGCUGGAGCACAGCAUCAUAGAGGAGCUGACGGGUAGGGAGGUGAAGACGGGUGUCUACCUGCACCAGAUGCCUUACCCGUGCUAUAUCGACGACCAGUUCGUACUCGCCAUCUCCCGCACCUUCCCCAUGUUCAUGGUACUCGCCUGGGUGUACACCUCGGCGAUGAUCAUCAAGUCGAUCGUGUAUGAGAAGGAGCAGCGGUUGAAGGAGGUGAUGCGCAUCCUCGGCCUUAGCAAUGGCGUGCACUGGCUCGGAUGGUUCCUGACCAGCUUCCUCUCGAUGUUGGUUAGUGCUGUGCUCCUUACAAUCGUGCUGGUGUACGGCAAGGUGCUGGAGAACUCGAACCCGCUCAUUGUGUUUCUGUUCCUCCUGUGUUUCACCACGGCCACCAUCAUGUUAAGCUUCCUGCUAUCCACCUUCUUUUCCAAGGCCAACCUGGCGGCGGCGGCCGGCGGGAUCAUGUACUUCAUUUCCUACCUGCCGUACCCAUUCAUCAUCAUCUGGGACGAGUACUUGGACUACGGCCACAAGCUGCUCGCCAGCUUGCUCUCCAACGUGGCCUUCGGCCUGGGCUGCUCCUACUUCGCCCACUACGAGGAGCGCGGCAUCGGCAUCCAGUGGUCCACCAUCGACAAGAGUCCCAUCCUGGACGACGAUUUCAGCCUGCUGCAGAGCAUGAUGGUGCUGCUGCUGGACAGCGUGCUGUACGGCCUGCUCACCUGGUACAUCGAGGCCGUGUUCCCGGGCCAGUUCGGCAUCCCACGACCCUGGUACUUCCCGUUCACGCGGGCCUACUGGUGCGGGGUCGAGCCGCACCCGAUGGGCGACAAGGAGUCGGUGCCGCUGACCGACGGCGUCGGCAACGACAGGUUCGAGGCCGAGCCCACCAACCUGCCGCUGGGAGUGGCCGUCGAGCACAUGCGCAAGGUCUACGCCAACGGCAAGGUGGCGGUGGAGGACCUGACCAUCAACUUCUACGAGGGCCAAAUCACCUCGUUCCUCGGCCACAACGGCGCCGGCAAGACGACCACCAUCUCCAUCCUGAUCGGGCUCUUCCCACCCACCAAGGGCACGGCCAAGAUCUACAACUUCGACAUUCGCAGCGAGAUGGAUCAGAUCCGCCAGAGCCUGGGCAUCUGCCCGCAGUACAACACGCUCUUCGACGACAUGACGGUGGCGGAGCACAUCUGGUUCUACGCGCGGCUUAAGGGCCGCCUGCCGGCGGACGUCGAGGAGGAGAGCGACAAGAUGGUCGAGGACCUCGGCCUGCCGCACAAGCGCGACGAGCUCUCCAAGAACCUGUCGGGCGGCAUGCAGCGUAAGCUGUCGAUCGCCGUGGCGUUCGUGGGCGGCUCGCGGACGGUGAUAUUGGACGAGCCGACGACGGGUGUCGACCCAUACUCCCGCCGCUCCAUAUGGGAACUUCUGAUGAAGUACAAGUCGGGCCGCACCAUCAUUCUGACCACGCACUUCAUGGACGAGGCCGACAUCCUGGGCGACCGGAUUGCCAUAAUCUCGCAGGGCUCGCUGCAGUGCUGCGGCUCCAGCCUCUUCCUCAAGAGCCACUUUGGCUCGGGCUACUACCUGACGCUGGCGCGCUACAUGGAAAGCCUGGUCACGCUGCGCAUCAGCUCCGACACCGAGGUGCCCGACGCGCCGGCCGAGGCGCUUGGUGACCCGUCCAGGAGCGCCGAGACCGUGCAUGGCGGAGAGCGCGCCCGCCGCCUCAGCAAGCACGACCAGGAGCAGAUCACGCGCUUUAUCCAGGAGCACGUGCGGCGCGCCUACCUGCUGGAGAACUUCGGCAGCGAGCUCACGUACGUGCUGCCGAACGAGGAGCACCUAGCCGAGCGGUUGGAGGUGCUGCUGGAGGCGCUGGACGACAACCUGGCGCGGCUGGGCGUCACCAGCUACGGCCUGUCGGACACCUCGCUGGAGGAGAUCUUCCUGCGGCUAGCCGACGACGGCAGUCAGCUGAGUGAGCGCGUGAUCAGCCAGCAGAUCAGCAGCAUCACCGAUGGCGGCAAGUACCCGACGCGGCUGCGCGCCGGCGACCUGCGCCGCCACUCACUCUCGCUGCUUAAUUCGCCGGCCGGCUCGCUGGAGCACGUGGCCGGCCGCCGCUCCGGCUCGCUCGACCCCGACGCGGGGCACGAUUCGCCAGACGACGAGGCUGCCACGCCCGUCGCCAGCCCGGUGCCAGCGCGGCCGCGCCGCGCGUUGGCCACCGCCGCUGUCAAGAAGCGCGUGACGGCCGCGGCAGGUCACACCAUGCCGCUGUGGACGCGCCACAUCUGCGCGCUGCACGUGAAACGCUUCCACCACUGCCGCCGCAACGUGAAGGGCCUCUUCUGCGAGAUCAUCUUGCCGGCGUUCUUCGUGUGCUUGUCGAUGCUGUUCACGCUCAUACUGCCGCCGCUGGAGGAGGAGCCUGCGCUCGAGCUCUCGCCGUGGACCUACGAGCCGCCCUUCUACAUCUUCUUCUCCAACGACCACCUGCUGUCUCCGCUGGCGCUGCGCUACGAGAACGAGCUGAUCGGCUUCCCGGGCGUCAGCACCAAGUGCGUCAAGGGCAACCUGACGUGCGGCAACCCGCCAGCGCGCGCCCAGUUCUACUCGCCGGCGCCGGGCGCGGUGCAGACGCAGCCGUGCUCGUGCGCCACGGGCAGCAUGGAGUGUCCGUCGGGCGCGACGGGCCCGCCGCCGGCGGAGGCCCGCGGCGCCGGCGGCGACCUGCUGCUCAACGUCACCGACCGCAACGUCAGCGACUGGCUGGUGAAGACUCGGCCCGAGUUCUACAAGCGGCGUUGGGGCGGCUUCACCUUCGGCUAUAACAACCCGUUCGCCGACGUCAACUUCAGCCUGUACCGUGACGGCAUGCGGCGGCUGAGCGACGCGCUGCUACGCGGCAGCACGCCUCUGAACUGGACGGCGGACGCGGCGCUGAACGCCUCCGACGCGGCACUAAACGUCUCCGACGCGUGGGCGUCGGACUGGAGCGUCGACUCGCCGCUCAACUGGACCGACGACGCGUUCAACAAGCUGGAGGACUUUGUGCGCAACUCGGAGGUGUUCGACAACGUCAAGGUGUGGUACAACAACAAGGGCUGGGCCUCGUCGGUCGCCUACAUGAACGCCUUCAACAACAUGCUGCUCCGCUCGCGCUUCAACUCGUCGGCGAAACGGAUGUACGGCAUCGAGGCCAUCAACCACCCGCUGAACUUCACGCGCGGACAGAUGCGCCGCGAGCUCAACAAACAGUCGGGCAUCAGCCUGCUCCACGCCAUCUGCGUCAUCUUCGCGCUCAGCUUCGUCCCCGCCUCCUUCACGCUCUUCCUGAUCGAGGAGCGCCAGUGCAAGGCCAAGCACCUGCAGUUCGUGUCGGGCGUACGGCCGGUGGUGUAUUGGGCGGCCGAGUACAUGUGGGACGUGACCAACUACCUGGUCCCGGCCGGGCUGUGCGUCAUCAUCUUCUUGGCGUUCGGCGAAGAGGCGUACGUGUCGGAGGAGAACCUGCCGGGCCUGCUCCUGCUGCUGGUGCUCUACGGCUGGUCCAGCAUUCCGCUCAUGUACCCGGCCAGCUUCGUGUUCACCGUGCCGGCCUCGGCGUUCGUCACGCUCGCCUGUGCCAACCUCUUCAUCGGCAUCGUCACCACCAUCGCCACCUUUGUGCUGGAGAUCCUCAACGAUGACGAGCUGCAGAUGAUCGCCGACAUCCUGAAGCGCGUGUUUCUGGUGUUUCCGCACUACUGCCUCGGGCGGGGACUGAUGGACAUGGCGGCUAACCAACUGCGCUCGGAGACGCUGGCCACGUUCGGCCUGACCGCCCAGCGCGACAUCUUCGAGUGGGAUUUCCUGGGGCGAAACCUCUUGUGCAUGCUGAUCCAGGGCGUGCUGGCGUUCCUGCUGACGCUGCUGAUAGAGUACCGGCCCGGCUGCCGGCGUCGUCAGCUGAUGGGGCUGACCGGUGGCGUCACCGACGACAUGGAUGAGGACGUGUUCCGCGAGCGGCAGCGCGUGCUCAGUGGACGCGCCGACAAGGACAUCCUGCGCCUCUUCAACCUGACCAAGGUGUACAAGAAGGGCCGGCUGCCGGCCGUCAACCACCUGUGCCUGGGCGUGCGCAAGGGCGAGUGCUUCGGUCUGCUAGGCGUCAACGGCGCCGGCAAGACGUCCACCUUCAAGAUGCUGACGGGCGACACGACCAUCAACCACGGCGACGCCUUCAUCUGCGGCCACAGCGUCAUCGACGAGCCGAUCCGCGUGCGCCAGAAGCUGGGCUACUGCCCGCAGUUCGACGCGCUGGACGCCAUGCUGACAGGCCGCGAGCACAUCGAGUUUUACGCGCGGCUGCGCGGCGUGCCGGACGCCCAGCUGGCGCAGGUGGUGGAGACCAACAUCCGGCGGCUGGGCCUGACGCCGCACGCCGACCGCACGGCCGGCAGCUACUCGGGCGGCAACAAGCGCAAGCUGUCGACGGCGAUCGCGCUGAUCGGCGACCCGCCGCUCGUCUUCCUGGACGAGCCGACCAGCGGCAUGGACCCGAAGGCGCGCCGCCUGCUCUGGACGUGCGUGACGGAUGUCGUGCGCUCCGGCUGUUCGGUGGUGCUCACCUCCCACAGCAUGGAGGAGUGCGAAGCGCUGUGCACGCGCCUCGCCAUCAUGGUGAACGGCCAGUUCAAGUGCCUGGGCAGCCUGCAGCACCUGAAGAGCCGCUUCGGUGACGGCUACACGGUGACGCUGCGCGCGCACCCGGGCCAAAUGGCGGCCGUCGAGGACCGGCUGGUGGCCAGCAUGCCGCAGGGGGAGGUGCGCGAGAAGCACCACGCGCAGAUCUCGUACCAGCUGCCGUCGUGUGACCUGCAGCUGUCGGCCGUGUUCCGGUUACUGGAGGGCAUGCGCUCCGAACGCCUGGUGGAGGACUACUCGCUGAACCAGACCACGCUGGACGAGGUGUUCGUCAGGUUCGCCGGCGAGCAGACGGAGAUGCUGGAAGACGAGGUGGCGGGCAGUCGAAUGAGCCUCAACGACCAGUCGAUGCGACGUUUCCGCGGUCCGAAGAAGGUGCGCUUCCCGGCGAAGCAGGGCGCAGCGCGCUCCGCCGAGAGUCGGUCUCAGAACGGCGCCUCCGAUGUGCCGCUGGCGUCCCCGCUGGCGGCUGACGCCAGCGACGUGCACCUCACGGAUACCACCGUCGUGUAACGCCCGCCCGCUGACGUCAGAAUGGCCUCACACCUGUCACCGACACCUCAUCGUGCAGCGCCGCGCCCGCUCGCUGACGUUGGAACGACGUCACACGUGUCACCGACACCCCAUCGUGCGGCGCCGCGCUCUCUCGCUGACGUCAGAUCGACGUCACAUGUCACCGACAUCCCAUCGUGCGGCGCUGCACCCGCUCGCUGACGUCGGAACGAUGUCACAUAUGUCACCGAUACUCCGUCGUACGGCGCUGCGCCUGCCCGAUGACGGCAGAAUGACGUCACCCAAGCAAACGUCUUGCGAGAGGUUGCCGGACGUUAUCGGUAUGGGCUGCGCUCACGUCUGUGAUGCGUUGUGUCGAAGGCGUCCGUCAGCUGUCCCCGAGGUCGUGGUGGGGCUGCCUCUCUCGUGGCGGUGGCACCACUUCUCUCGUCGCGGUGGCGCUGCCUCUCUCGUCGCAGUGGCGCUGCCUUUCUCGUCGUGGUGGCGCUGCCUCUCUCGUCGCGGUGGCGCUGCCUCUCUCACCGCGGUAGCCACACAGCGGGACGCGCGGGCUGACCGCUCCGCCGCGCGCUAAGGCUCGUGCCGCGCUCCAGGGGUCCCGCGUCCCCGCCAUUAUCCGUCCGCCGGGUCGCGCCGCUCGGCUCCGCGUCCAGCCGGACGGCCGUCCGCU